UCUAAAUACUUCAUCACCAUAAAAUAACAGUCUGGAUCUUUUGCACCAGGAUGCUUAUUUUGUUUUGUUUGUUCCGUUAUAUCCAUGAUAGUGAAACCUAAUCCUUUUCUCGAUCGUAUGGAUUUUUCUUUUUGAAAUAGCAGCGUGGAUGCAGAAGCCGGGAUCUUUUUGAAAUACAGAAUAAAUCCGAGUAGAUAAGCACAAAUCAUACCUACAGCUAAUUGUUUUUAUUUAUUUGAUGAGAAGACUGUCCUAUUUAGAAUUGCAGUUGCUUGAUACUCGAUCGUGUAUUAUAAUUCCAUUGCUUGAUACUCGAUCGUGUAGCAGUUAGCUAGUCAGAAUCGUAUAUACAGUUAACUAGCAUUGCCCGUGUCACGGAAUUAGACCCAUCGAUCUAGUUCCCACCCUUGCGCAUCGAGAGCUCAAGUCAAGUGCAGCUGGGAGAGGAGUGCCAAUGGAGGGGACGCCGCAGCUGGAGACCGGCGGCGGCGAGUACACGCAGGACGGCACGACGGACCUCUGCGGCAACCCGGUCAUCCGAUCCAAUCGAGGAGGAUGGAAAGCAUGCUCCUUCGUUCUUGUGUACGAGGUGUUCGAGCGGAUGGCGCCCUAUGGAAUCGCGUCCAACCUGGUGCUGUACCUGACGAGGGAGCUGCACCAGGGCACGGUGCGCUCCGCCAACAACGUCACCAACUGGGCCGGCACCAGCCUCAUCACGCCCGUCCUCGGCGCCUACAUCGCCGACGCCCACCUCGGACGCUACCGCACCUUCAUGGCCGCCUCCGCCAUCUACCUUCUCGGAAUGUGCCUGCUGACCAUGGCCGUGUCGCUGGCGUGCGGCACCGGCACGGCGGACCCGACCUGCGAGCGCAAGGCGUCGAGCCUGCAGCUGGGCGUGUUCUUUCUGGCCCUGUACACCCUCGCCGUCGGCACAGGCGGCACCAAGCCCAACAUCUCCACCAUCGGCGCCGACCAGUUCGACAAGCACGAGCCGAGGGAGCGCCGGCAGAAGCUCUCCUUCUUCAACUGGUGGAUGUUCAGCAUCUUCCUAGGCACGCUCUUCGCCAACACCGUCCUCGUCUACAUCCAGGACAAGAUCGGCUGGACCGUCGGCUACGCGCUCCCCACCAUCGGCCUCGCCGUCUCCAUCGCCGUGUUCACCGCCGGAACGCCCCUGUACCGCCACAAGCCGACCUCACCCGAGAGCUCCCUCGCCAAGAUGGCCGGGGUCAUCGUCACCGCCGUCCGCAAGUGCCGCGUCACGGCGCCCGCGGACCCGCGCGACCUGCACGAGCUCGACCCGGACCAAUACGACAGGAAAAAGACGUCCCCGCUGCCCCACACGCCGACUUUCAGUGUGCUGAGCAAAGCGGCGGUGAGGACCGGGGCCGGGAGCACGUCGCGGUGGUCGCUGAGCACGGUGACGCAGGUGGAGGAGACGAAGCAGAUGCUCAAGAUGCUUCCCGUGCUGUUCAUCACGUUCGUGCCGAGCGCGAUGCUGGCCCAGAUCAACACGCUGUUCGUGAAGCAGGGCACGACGCUGGAGCGGCGCGUCGGCGGCUUCGACAUCCCGCCGGCGAGCCUGCAGGGGUUCGUGACCGUCUCCAUGCUCGUCUCCGUCGUGAUCUACGACCGCCUCUUCGUGCCCUGCAUGCGGCGCCUGACAAAGAACCCGCGGGGCAUCUCGCUGCUCCAGCGGAUGGGCGUCGGGCUCGUCCUCCACAUCGCGAUCAUGGUGAUCGCGUCGGCGACCGAGCGGCACCGCCUGGCCGUGGCGCGCGAGAACGGCGUGCUCGACAGCAGGGGCACGAUGGUCCGGCUCUCCAUCUUCGUGCUGCUCCCGCAGUUCGUGCUCAUGGGCCAGGUUUCCAACAUCCUGGAGGUGGCCAAGAUCGAGUUCUUCUAUGACCAGGCGCCCGAGGGGAUGAAGAGCCUCGGCACGUCCUACGCCAUGACCAGCCUCGGCGUCGGCAACUUCCUCAGCAGCUUCCUGCUGUCGACGGUGUCGCGCGUCACGCGACGGAGCGGAAGAGGACAUGGAGGCUGGAUCCAGAACAACCUCAACGCCUCGCGGCUGGACCUCUACUACGCCUUCGCCGUGCUUAACUGUGCUAACCUCCUCGUCUUCUUCGCCGUGUGCCGGAUGUACGUGUACAACGCCGACAGCGCUGACGGUGGCAAGGAGAAGCAGGGGAGGCCAGGAAUCGUGAAGGAGCCAAUGAUAAUACUCCCUCCGUUCCAAAAUAGAUGA